UACCCCUCCUCCUCUGUUUCCAAAUGGAGAGAGGUCUUUUUUCUCCUCUGUUGAAUCUCAGAGUUCGCGGUGUCGCGGCCCAAGGGAAGACCACAUAGAACACACAGAAUGCUACGACCAUUAACGUUCCAAGCCGCCGUUUUGUAGAUGGGAAUGGCUUUUUCCACUUUGCCGUAUAAGAUAAAUACCUUUUUUUAAGAGAAACGCUGAAUGUGCAAAGCGGUGGAGACCUCUGGAUCACGAAAUGUUGGGAUGGAAGGCGCAGACUUUGACUCGCCGUCUCCAACAGCAGUAUGAAGUACUUCACGGGUGUGAGAUCACCGAGAGUGAAACUGUGUUGCCUUGGGACAUUACCACACGCUUUCGGGGAAAUAUUAUAACGUGGAAAAGCAGAACUAGCGCGAAGUCUCCGCAACAUGGCCUCGGCAGCUAAUGCCUCCUCUGAGCAGGAAAACAGGGACCCCGAUCGGCCGAGGAUAACGCGGAGGAACAGGGGGAACUAUCUCUCAACAGCGCCUGAUUUGGAGUAUUUGCAGCGGCCAAGUUACUGCGAUGCAGCUUUCGCCUUGCAGCAAAUAUCCGAGGGGAAAGCGACUGGAAGAAAAGCACCGCUGUGGCUGAGAGCGAAGUUUCAGAGACUCUUGUUUAAAUUGGGCUGUUACAUACAAAAGAACUGUGGAAAGUUUUUGGUUGUGGGCCUAUUGGUAUUCGGAGCUUUCGCUGUUGGUUUACGGGCAGCUAAUCUGGAAACCGACGUGGAGAAACUCUGGGUAGAAGUGGGCGGCAGGGUGAAUCAGGAGCUGAAAUACACACGUCUGAAGAUGGGCGAGGAGUCCAUGUUCAGUCCCCAGCUGAUGAUUCAGGCACCACGCCAGGAGGGCGCUAACGUGCUCACUUUGGAGGCGCUACAACAACACCUGGACUCAGCCAUCAGUGCCAGCCAAGUGCACGUUUACCUCUUUAACAGACAAUGGAAAUUGGAACAUUUAUGCUACAAAUCAGGAGAAAUGGAUACUGAAGCUCAUUUUGUGAACCAGAUCAUUGAAAAGCUCCUCCCCUGUCUCAUCAUCACUCCGCUGGACUGUUUCUGGGAGGGAGCCAAGCUCCAGUCUGGAAUGGUCUACCUCCCUGGCAUAUCACACCCUCUGCAGUGGACCAACUUUGACCCCAAGGAGUUCCUGACAGGGCUUCGGGCUCUGAAGGUCCAGGUAGACAGCUGGGAGGUGAUGCUGGAGAAGGCUGACGUGGGACAUGGCUACAUGGACCGGCCCUGUCUCAACCCCCAAGACCCCGACUGUCCCCUCACUGCCCCCAACAAGAACACCACCAAGCCCUUUGACUUGGCUCGCAUCCUGACUGGCGGCUGCCAUGGCCUCUCCAGGAAGUACAUGCACUGGCAGGAAGAGCUGAUUGUAGGGGGGACCACCAAGAACGGCACCGGACCACUACUCAGUGCCCAGGCAUUACAGACCAUGUUCCAGCUGAUGACCCCUAAGCAGAUGUUUGAGCACCUGAAGGGCUAUGAGGACGUGUCCCAUAUCAACUGGAACCAAGACAAGGCCGCAGCCAUACUGGAGGCCUGGCAGAGGAAAUACUCAGAGGUGGUAAAGCAGAGUGUAGCAGCCAACUCGUCUCAGAAAGUGUUGACGUUUACCACCACCACUCUGGAAGACAUCCUCAAGUCUUUCUCUGAUGUCAGCAUCAUACGAGUGGCCAGUGGCUACCUGCUCAUGUUGGCCUAUGCCUGUCUGACCAUGCUACGCUGGGACUGUGCUAAGUCUCAGGGAGCUGUUGGACUGGCUGGUGUCCUCUUGGUGGCGCUGUCUGUGGCUGCAGGCCUGGGGCUCUGCUCUCUGCUGGGCAUAUCUUUUAACGCUGCCACCACACAGGUGCUUCCGUUCCUGGCACUAGGUGUAGGUGUGGAUGAUGUGUUUCUCCUGGCCCAUGCCUUCAGUGAGACGGGACAGAACAAGAGGAUCCCAUUUGAGGACCGUACAGGGGAGUGUUUGAAGAGGACAGGGGCUAGUGUAGCUCUCACCUCCAUCAGUAACGUCACUGCUUUCUUCAUGGCAGCUCUCAUCCCUAUACCUGCCCUACGAGCCUUCUCUCUGCAGGCUGCGGUGGUGGUCGUGUUUAACUUUGCUAUGGUGCUGCUCAUCUUCCCUGCCAUCCUCAGUAUGGACCUGUAUCGCAGAGAGGACUGGCGUUUUGACAUUUUCUGCUGCUUCUACAGCCCUUGCGCUAACAGGGUGAUCCAGAUCGAGCCCCAGGUUCACGUGGACGGAGUGGACAGCAGUCGCUACAGCCCCCCUCCCCCCUCCUACCACACCACCCCUCCCACAUACAGCAGCUCACCCCCGUCCUACAGCAGCCAUGGUUUCUCCCAGCAGACUCAGAUCACCAUGCAGUCUACUGUCCAGUUGAGGACAGAGUACGACCCCAGGACUCAGGCCUUUUACACUACGGCCGAACCCAGAUCGCAGAUCUCCGUACAACCCUUCACACCCACGCCUGUCGCCACCGGCCCCGCCAACAACCCCAACACCAGUCACGGAAACAACAACCACCACAGCAACCAUCUCAGCCGGAGUGGGAGUAGCAGUGGUCACGUCAACAACCACGGUAGCCGUGGUUCAUGCUCGGUUCCUUCUUCUCCCCAGUCAUCCUCUGGCAUCCCCACUGGCUCCCCCCAAGCGGGGGAAGUGCUGUGUGUGUCGGGGGAGAGUGCUAGCUCCACCAGGGAUCUGCUGUCCCAGUUUGGAGGGGCCUCUCUGGGGCUGCGCUGUCUGGAACCCCAUUGCUCCCAGUGGACCUUGGCCUCCUUUGCCGAGAAGCACUACGCCCCCUUCCUACUGCAGCCCACCACCAAGGUGGUGGUCAUCCUGUUGUUCCUGGCCCUGCUGGUGGUCAGUCUGUACGGGACCACACGGGUGCAGGACGGGCUGGAGCUGACCGACAUCGUUCCCAGGGAGACCAGCGAGUACGACUUCAUCGGGGCCCAGUUCAAGUUCUUCUCUUUCUACAACAUGUACGUGGUGACCCAGCGGGCAGAGUACUCCCAGGCCCAGCCACUGCUCUACCAGCUGCACCACAGCUUUAACACAGUCCGCUAUGUACUGAGAGAGGACGACGGACAGCUACCACGCAUGUGGCUCCACUACUUCAGGGACUGGUUGCAAGCUCUGCAGGAAGCAUUUGACCAGGACUGGGAAGCAGGUUGGAUCACACAGAGCAGCUACAAGAACGGUUCAGACGACGGGGUCCUGGCCUACAAACUACUGGUACAGACCGGGCGCAGGGAAAGGCCCAUCAGCGUUAACCAGCUGACUAGGCAGCGCUUGGUGGAUGCGGAUGGCAUCAUCAACCCGGUGGCAUUUUACAUCUACCUUACUGCGUGGGUCAGCAACGAUCCGGUGGCGUACGCAGCCUCGCAGGCCAACAUACGUCCCCACCCCCCGGAGUGGCUCCACGACCGCACAGACUCCAUGUUCGAGACACGGCUCAGCAUUCCUGCUGCCGAGCCCAUCGAAUAUGCACAGUUUCCAUUCUACCUCAACGGGCUCCGCGAGACCCCCCAGUUUGUGGAGGCCAUCGAGUCGGUGCGAGCCAUCUGCAGUAACUACAGCCGCCAGGGCCUACCCAGCUACCCCAAUGGCUACCCCUUCCUCUUCUGGGAGCAGUACGUAGGCCUCAGACACUGGCUGCUGCUCUCCAUCAGCGUGGUGCUAGCCUGCACCUUCCUCGUCUGUGCCCUCUUUCUGCUCAACCCCUGGACUGCCGGCAUCAUCGUCCUGGUCCUGUCUCUGAUGACCGUGGAGCUGUUUGGUAUGAUGGGGCUGAUAGGGAUCAAGCUCAGUGCUGUUCCUGUGGUCAUCCUCAUCGCCUCUGUCGGCAUAGGAGUAGAGUUCACUGUACAUGUUGCUCUAGCGUUCCUCACAGCGAUAGGGGACCGUAACAGACGGGCAGUGCAGGCGUUAGAACACAUGUUUGCUCCUGUGUUGGACGGAGCCUUCUCUACUCUACUAGGAGUCCUCAUGCUAGCAGGCUCUGAGUUUGACUUCAUCGUCAGGUAUUUCUUUGCUGUGCUGGCCAUCCUGACCAUUCUGGGGGUGCUGAAUGGUUUGGUCCUUCUCCCUGUGUUGCUGUCUUACUUUGGCCCCUAUCCAGAGGUGACCCCUGUUGAUGGGCGUAGCCAGUUACCCACCCCGUCCCCAGAGCCCCCUCCUCCCGUGGUCCACUUCUCCGUCCACCCCUGCCAUACCACCUCAGGGACGGGGACAGGUACAGGCUCUGACUCGUCAGACUCUGAGUACAGCUCCAACACCACGGCCUCAGGCAUCAGCCAGGACCUGCAGCAGUACGACCUCCCCACCACUAGAAGCAGAGCUAGGAGAGCAGAGGAGGUGCGACGAGGAGCAGUGCCAAGAAGGACAGCUAGACAGGGAAACGCCACAGCCUACUCUUUGUCUUCUUCGGUCCUGCCGGAGUCGGAUGCCCACCCCGGUGCAUCCCGUCGCUUCAGCAAGAGGGACCUACAGUCCCUUCCCCCAGCCCGCCCACGCAUGCAGGCUUUUGAAACUGAGGCUGGAGGCCAUUACGGCUCCGGGGGCCAUUUUGUCUCGGGAGGCCACCGAGAACGUUCUGCGGGGCACAGAACUCGUCCAUCCCACAACCCCCGGCCCAAUCACCACCAACCUCACCACUCUAACCCCGCCCCUACUUACUGCCAGCCCAUCACCACGGUAACGGCCUCUGCAUCGGUUACCAUCGCCGUCCACUCUACCUCUCCCCCCACUCAGAGCCCCACCUCCUCUUACCCAGGACACACUGCAGCGGACAGUUACCACACAGCAAGGGGCGCAGAGCCUGAGCCUGCCUUCCAGCACCCCCAUGUGCCACUGGAGGUCCAUACAGGUUGCAGAGGAACCAAGAUGGACACCAAGGUGGAGGCCAUGGAGCUCCAGGAUGUGGAGUGUGAGGCAGCUGAGAGCGACUGUGAUAAGAGGGCAAGCUGAGUGGACGAGAGCAGAAGCACAACGGCCAAAGAUGGACUCCCCCUCUCACUCAGCGGCCCAAUGCAGCGCAGCUCAGCGACACACAUAACCCAGUGGUGGGUAGUACCAUGGUGCUCAUUCUUACUGUAACCCCGUGGAUGUUUGUCUUAUAUCUCUAUCCAUCAUUAAAAGAUGUAUACUUAUGUAAAUAUGAACAAAGAAGUAGCUAUAAUGUAGGAGUUGUACAGCUCCUUUUUUUAAGACUGGGGACAUCAUUUCUAUGGCGUGUGUUUUUGGUUUUACUUUACUUGUCGGGGCCAGAAGUCAUCACAAGCACAGUAAAACAAGAAAAAUGGGAGACAUUUAGCCAGUCCCCACACAGAGAAAGGCUAUUUUAAGCUUAGGGGUUAGGGUUACGAUUAGGGUGAUGGUUAGAAUUAGGUUUAGGGUUAAAUUAGGGGUUAGGGUAAAAAUUAGGGUUAGAUUAAGGCUUAAGGUUAGGGAAAAUAGGAUUUUGAAUGGGACCAAUUAUUUUGUCCCCACAAGGAUAUUAAAACAAAUAUGUGUGUGUGAGAGAAAUCUCUGAUUACUGUUGUUCACUCGUCUGUGGAUCUGUGCCAUGAGGAAGCUUCAUCUAGACAAUACAGUUCAGCAUACAUUGUUGCUGCUUAAGAUAUUCUGUAAUAACUGUAUAAUAAUUCUAUGCAAAUUUUUAUUUUAUGUUAAAGAGGUGAGUGAGUGUAUAAAUGUGAUUGUGGGUUUGUGUUUAUAUGGGUGGGUCUGGGCGCGGGUGGGUGGGUAACCCAUCGGAUACAUCUCUAAAAAGAAAUAUACUAACAAUCACGUCAAGUGAUACUACUCAAUAGCUACACGGGGCAUGUGUGUUUAUAUAUAUAUAUAUGUUUGUGUAUAAAGGUACUCUUUUUUUUUUUGUACAAGGAAUUUGCAUAUCACAAACCUGUGGUAGUUAUGAAACAAUUACUGUUGAACUCUGACUCACGCUAUGCGUGCUAUUUAAUACGAGCCGAUAUGUAGAAGAUAUAAAAGGUGUUUGUGACUUGGCUGUCCCUUGAACUCAAUUACCCAUCUCCCAUUUCCUCUGGGGAUGUCAUAGCUCUCAGCGGCCAUCUUAUAGUAGCAUGAGUGGGCGUAAAAGUAUCACUCCCAUAGUUAAAGUGGAACUGACAGCAUUUUAACUACUUUGCAGAUAUGAAACAAACAGGCUAUCAUAAUAUCAGUAAAAAAUAUACAAUUCCCAGUUUAUGCUACAAAACCAUGAUAUGAAGUUUUAAAAAUAGGUUCUAUUUGACUCAACAUUCCAUGAUGUACACGAAGGCAUUGUUGGCAGAAUAGAUGGAUGCAGUUCAAUACAUGAUUAAUAUAAUUCACCAAUACAUUUAUUGGUUGUCAAAAACAUUGCUAUCAGGUUGUUACAUUGUUUGCUGCCUCCAUUCGGGAUGCACUGUUUCAGUUUCAAUUAUAUUUUGGACAAAAACAGACAUGUAACUAAGGUUGGGAAUGUCAAUACAACCGAACUAGCAAGGGCAAUGAUCACAAGUCAGUCAUAAUAGGCUAGUGUAUCUAUUUAUGUAGCAACCUAAAAACACGGAGCCUAACGUUAGCUAGCAAGCUAACUGCUAGGAGGGUGACAUGUCAUGCCAUUGGAGGAGUGGGUGAGUGACUGACAUUUUUCCCUCAUAUACACAGAGAUGCAGGUGUUAUUUGGUUAGCUAGUGAGAACUUGAACGACUGUUAUCCAGUUAGCAUAUCUCUUGCAUUCAUAAAUUCUCAGAUAACAUGUAAACAGCCUAACCAGCUCUGCUAUGGCGAAUAAAAUAGUCAGAGCAAAGUGUUUAUUUUUGUCUGAAAAUAGCUAGCUAGCAAGCUAACCAACUUUAGCCAGUUAGCUUGGGUGCUUGGUUGGGACAAGCAUGCAUUGGCAGGCAAGCUGCAGAAAGACGAGUAGGCUACAAUUCCUCAUUGUUUAUAGGUGCAAUUUUGACGGCCAACAAAGAGGUUUUAUCUAAGGUUCCCUUGUUAGAUUUGAGCUUAUCUCGUCCUGACUAACAUUAGUUGUUGAUCUUGUUGUUGUUAAUGUGCAUAACAGAGGGAGAGAGAGCCUACCAUUUUAUGGUUGUUUGAUCAAUAGGACUGUAAUGUUCCCAGUGGUAUUUACAUGUUAGCAGAAAUCCAUUCAGGUGGCUUUUGUCGAAUGCAUUCUAAUGAUGUAAAGUCGUGCUGUUUUAGCCGCCUGUAAACACAGUCCAGUUCCAAGUGAAUGAUUGCAGGCCCAUGUGGCAAAUGGCGUGUUUGUAUAAAUGCCUACUGUAGCUCUGAUUGGCUAUAGCGCACCGGUCUGUGUAGACUCCGGUCCUGGACGAGACAGAUGUUUUUAUUAGGUUUUAUUUACUGCAGUGUCUAUUAAUUGUCCAAACGCACAGCCGCUUCCCCACUUCAUAUUUCUAUAGAACUUUCACAUACCUUAGUAUAUGUAACUCCCAAAAACUCUUAAGAAUUUAUUCAAAGGUGCUCGCUUGUCAGAAAACGUUUAAAAGCGUGUGAUAUUCUUCCUGGGGGUGUAUAUGAACAGAUUUUGAUAUGAUUUCAUGUUGCCAAAAUGCUGUCAAUUCCACUUUAAUGCAUAUUGCAAUUGGUGGACAAAAUCCAUGGUAGUUAGUCAAGGCCAUUAUGGAGGAUAAUGUUGUGAAAUUUACAUGUUUGUUUCCUUUUUUUUCAUGAAUGCAACUUUUGUUAUUCUCACUGUAAAUAUACAUUGUUGUCCUAUCUCUAGUGAUAAGCUACGGUAUUUCCCAACUCAACAUGGCACUUGACUGAAUUACACAUUUCAUUCACAAGAAACUCUUUCUUCCUCUUUACACAAUAAGAUACACAGCCCAGAGAGCUGAAGGGUUUAGCACUAUCUGGUCUAACAAUACUGUGGGUGUGUGUGUGUUCGUCCUAUCGCGCUUCCCUCCUCAGAGACAGCAAAGACAACUGCCCCCAAUUUAACCCCAGCCGUCCCCACCCACCCAACCUCACCUCUUCACAAUCCACAACAAGCCUCAUGGGUCAGGGUUCACUAAGCCCCCCCCCACCCCCACCCCCAUCAUGUCCAGUGUGUGUCAGUCAUGUCUUUCCAGA